ACGACGUCAAACAAGUACUCUUAUUGGAAACUUUCUUUUUGAGUAUAGCCAAAAUGUUUGGUGGCUGUUUCAGCAAGGCGCUCUCGAGUCUCAGAAGUGCAACUGUCUCCAGAUCAUUUCAAUUUAACCGGGAUAUCGGUCUGAAAUUCGGAUCGCAGCAUCGAAUAUUCCUAAAACCGGUGCAAAAAAUAGCAGACACUAAAAGAUACUACACCACUCUCCAAAGCAACAACGAUGGGAAAAAUGAUAAGGAAAAACAAAAUGCUAACCCGCCAAUGUUUGGGCAUUAUGUUGGAGGAGGAUUAGCUCUUUUAUUUGUCGGAGGAAUAAUUAGCAGUCAAGAUUUCAGACGGGGAACGAUUGAUACCGUCGUCAUUAUUGAAAGGGUUGGGGUUGUCACCGUUGCUAUGGCUCGCUGCUUUGGAUUGUAUUUGUGGGUUUUAAAUAAAAAGUAUGAAUCAGAUAAACAAUACAUGGAAGAACUUUCCAAAACGCAUCGAAAGGCAGCUGAUAUCACUUUGCAAGCCCUGCGGAAAAAUGGUGGUAUUUAUAUAAAGUUAGGUCAACACAUCUCUGCAAUGACAUACCUUUUACCCUUUGAGUGGACAGAAACAAUGGUCUGCUUGCAAAGUGAAUGUCCCGAAUCUACAAUUGAAGAACUAAAGGAAAUGUUCGAAAAAGACACCGGUAUAAAAUUUGACGACUAUUUCCAAAGUUUCAAUGAUAAGCCCAUAGGUGUUGCAUCUUUAGCGCAAGUUCAUAAAGCAAUCUUAAGAGAGAACGGGAAUGAGGUUGCAGUCAAACUUCAGCAUCCAUCUUUAUCGAAGUUCGUACCAUUGGAUGUUGCAUUAACCAAGUUUGUAUUUGACAUGAUGUACAAGGUAUUCCCUGAGUACCCGCUAACUUGGCUUGGUGAGGAAAUGCAAGAGUCAAUCUUUGUUGAACUUAAUUUCAGAUAUGAGGCUGCGAAUGCCCAAAAAACCAAAGACUAUUUUAAAGAUUACUUAAAAUUGACCGCUCUAAGGGUCCCUGACGUUUACACGGCGUUGCCAAGAAUCCUAGUUAUGGAAUACAUUGGUGGGGCUAGACUUGAUGACCUGAAAUAUAUUGAUGACCAUAAAAUAUCAAGAUCCGAGGUAUGUGGAUGUCUAGCUCAUAUAUUCAACAAUAUGAUUUUCCAGUCUGGGUUUGUCCACUGUGAUCCGCAUCAUGGAAACAUCGCCAUCAGAGCACUAGACAAACCUAAGAAUGGACAUAACUUUGAAAUAAUAUUAUACGAUCACGGCCUUUAUCGAACCAUUCCCAACCAGAUGAAAGUUGACUACGCUCGAUUUUGGCUAGCAUUGAUUGAUAAGCAGCCUGAUGAAAUGAAGAUAUACGGUAAAAAGUUUGCCAAGAUUGAUGACAAGCAGUUCCCAAUAUUUGCAGCAGCAAUAACCGGUCGGGACUUUGAUCAUGCAUUAAGUGGAGAUCUAGAAGGAAAAAGAAGUCAGGCUGAGAUAGAUAAGAUGAAAGAAGCAAUGAUGGCCGAUGGAAUGGUGUUGAAUCUCAUGUCUUUACUAGCUACUGUGCCGAGAAUCGUGUUGUUGAUUCUCAAAACCAAUGACUUGGUGAGGCACUUGGAUGAAAGUUUACAUAACCCUCUAGGUCAAGAGAGAACGUUUUUGAUCAUGGCAAACUAUUGUGCUCGUACUGUAUACAAAGAUGACCUAGCAAAUAACUCAAGGCUAUACUCUAAAUGGAGUUUAUCGUGGCUUUGUGGUCUUUUGGGUUCUGUUGAAGAGUACUAUGGCAGAAAUUUGAAGCUUUACGUCUUCGACGUCAUGUUCUACUUCAUCAACUUGUUGCGGAAAGCAGAUCUCAUCAAAUGAACCUUUUAUAGCCCCAUAUAUAGUAAUAAUGAUAAAAAUACCUUUUAGGAG